CGCGGCCGCCACGUGGUUCGCGCAGGGCCCCUUCCGUUCCCAUCAUGCUGCUCCAGAGCUCCUCGGCUGUGCUGCUCCUCUGCGCCACUGCUGGGUUUUUGGGGUGGAUGGGCUUUGCUGCCCCCCCGGAGAAGGAGGAGCUCUGGGAGACCUGGCUGAGGUCGGCGCUGGAUGAGACCCCCGUGGUCCGGCUCGUGCAGGACAUCACCCACCAGAUGGGGAAUGUGAGCAGCCGUGGGGCUGCGGAGCUCCGGGGAGGACACCAGGGUGUCCCAUCCAUCCUCCAUCAGGAGCAGGAAAGGACUUGGGAUGUUCAUCCCCAGCCAGAGAGCAUCCUGGUCCUUCAGGAGGUGAUGGAGAAGCUGCAGAGGGUCAACCAGAGCCUGGAGCUGAUGCUGACAGCCUUGGAAGAUGCACGAAGCCGGCUGGAAAAGCACCUGGAGCACCUCAAAGCCAUCCCUGACCAGGAUGGUCAGAGCCAAAGUGCCACCUCCUCCUGUGUCCCACAUGGCUCAUACUUCAUGCUCCUGUUUCUCCCGCUGGUGCCGGCGUCAAUCCAGGCCAUCCUUCUCCUCCUCUUCCUCGCUUCCAGCACCCUCGGCAUCCCAGCAGCCUCCACCCUCCUGGUCCUUGCUGUGGCAGGGCGUUGGCUGCUGGGAUCCGUCUGCCGUGGAAGGAUCCAGCCGGUGGUUCCCUGGGAAGAGCCCCGGUACCGGCUCACCUCCACCCCGGAGAGGGAAUGCGAUAUGGAACUUCUGCAAGAGGAGCUGGACAGGAUGGAGAUGAGCUGCCUGCACGAGCCCUCAUGCCUGGAGCAGCCCCAAGAGGUGGCCGGGGACCUUCCUGGACUCGCAGGGCAGGUGUCACCCCGCCCCGGUGGCCAGAGGACAGCACCGAGUUCGUGUGGGGUGACACCGGAGCCGGUCAUGGACACUGGGAAGCUCUGGGAGCCCAAGCCCUGCAACCCGAGGGCCAACAUGUCCCCAUGCCAGGGGCUCACCAGGGCCGGGCAGCGGUGCCGGAAGAAAGCCAUUCCCAGAUCCUGGUGGAGAACACAGACCCUAAGGAUGCUGCUGGGUGUGGGCACAGGACAGAUGUUCAUGAUCCCACCAGUUUUAGGCUAUUUGCAUAUAUUUUAAUAAACGCCACAUUUACAGCUGGA